AUGUCAAUUCUUCGCACUUAUUUUCUAUGCCCAACAUCAGAGUUCAUCCGUCCGCCCCCGGAUGGUUCGUUAUUUCUUGGCUCCAUAAUUCCCUCGACAUCAGUGCCCGAGUCCUCGUUCAAUAGGGAAACUAGCCUUCCCUUGGUGAAUGUAGACCAGCCUGUUAUUGAGACAGAUUGGAAGAAGACGGUUUCAGCUGAAAAUAAAUUCGGAUUCGGUGUUUACGCGCAGUUUCUGAAAUGUUCAGGCUUGGGCCCUGAAGUGGAUUUUGACCGGUCUAGCAAAAGAUCGAGCAUAUUUGCGUUUGAUGAGGUGACGACUGUGUCGUUUCAGCCAACGCCUGAGUAUGUUACCGAAGCCAUGAAAGCACCUACGGUGCAGUACUGGCUGAAUGAGCCCAGACAGCGCUUUAGCCCUAUUGUCUCGCUCUACCUCGUCACGGGUAUGAAGCUUGUCAAAGGCGCAAAUAUCAAGUACUCGAGUUCAGAAAGUACUGGAAUCAGUGCAAAUAUUGGUGUUAACAUACCCUCGUUGGGCUUAACUUUUGGCCCCAAGGGCAGCUGGAGUAGAGUCGAGGACGAUGAGACGGAAUUUAACCGAACUUCCGAGUUUAUUUUCGCAUUUAGCGUCAAGAGGCUCAGGAUUACACGCAAGGUCAAGAUUGAAGAGUACCAUAAAGGUGCUUUCUUGUCUAUUGGAAAAGAUGAAGAUGGCAAAGAAACAGACCCUAUUUUGGUGGAUGACGUGGAUGGUUCUAGCUUCGAAAAUGCCGCAGCUGUUCACGAUUCUACAGAGAAUGAGAGUGUUUACUGUGUUCCCUGUAAUUAGCUUAUUCGAUCUUCUAGGAUGGUUUGAAAGAAGCUUAUGACUCUGGGAGUUGACUGAACUACUCGAGAGUUUUUGUCGUGUAUUAUUGCUUACCAAUAAUUUGAUCUUGUUGCAAAUAGGCUUCCUUGAUAUAUACUUCCUGGAUAGCGGCGGUAAUCACAGUUUG